GCAGGCUGCAAGAAGGAAAGAAAGUAGCUAAUGUUAACUGCAACUCUGAGUAUCUUCACGGCUUCAGUGGAAUCAAUUUAUUCAAUACAGAGAGCGAGUUCCGGCAUCGUUUCGUCUAAAGCAUGAACAUCGGAUGGACGAAGCUUUUUAUCUGAUUUUGCGCACUGGCUACAGGGUCCGCGUUGAAUUUGAUAAGGAGAGAGGGACCUUAUCUGGUGUUCAAGCUUUGUAUGAAGAUUUUAAUCUCGUAGGUGGUGAGUUGCUUGUGUUUGAACUGACUGGCUCACAUGAUUUUCAUGUUUAUGUCAUUGGUGUUGAUUUCGCUGAGAUUGAGUAUCCCUCGAUUGUUCACACGUCGCAAAAGUCUCGUCCUCUAAAAGUGUCUCUAAACAGAGGUGGUUUCAAAUUUGUUCAGUUUGUGACUCCUGGAUCUGAUUUCACUCAUGUUCUGGGUGCUCCAAAGAGAUUCAUGGAUCGUGUUCAUUUAGCUCUUACUUUGACAAAACCUCUUCAUUUCGUUUUGAGUAAUGGAAAGAGGUUUGAUGCCAAGUUCGAUAAAACCACACGUACUUUCAAUGGACUGCAUGUUAUGUGUGAAUGUCUUGGUCUUGAGGAUUUGAAUGGAUAUAAUAUGCUUUUGUUUACCUAUGAAGAAGUAGGCAACUUGGUUAUAUCUGUUUUUGAUGAUGAUUUUGUUGAGAUAUGUCAUGCUGGAACUCCACUCUCCAUUGUUCCCAGCCUAACCCAACCUGCUGUGCAUCAAUGGUUUGAGAUCACUGUUAUGCCCUUCCACAUGAAUCAAUACUGUCAUGGUGUGGAUAUAUCAGCAGAAUUCAAACAAAUGUGGUACAUGUGGGGUAAAACUGAUUACAUUAACGUGUACUCUGGAUCUGGUGCUUGGAAAUUACAGGUCAGGCGCCGACGAAAGUGGGAGCGAACAACUAUUCAUGACGGGUGGAUCCAGUUCAGGGAUGAAAUGAAUUUAGAUGUUGGGGACAAAUGUAUUUUUGAGUGUCCUCGUUUCUCCUACAAACACUAUAGUGUACGCGUAGUAAAAAGUGGCUGAAGAAGUUGUUUAAUCAAAUUUCUGGUCAACUGUUAGACCUUUUGUUAUUGUUGGAGAUUGAGUUGUAACUUGACAGUUGGAUUUAAGUUAACUUUAAA